AUGGCUCAAGUGGCAGCUAAUGGCGCCCGUCAGCCGCUGCUGCAGCUACUGCGAGGUCCGAGCGGCAAACUUUGGGAGGUCUGCAUUGGUCUAGAGGUUCAUGCGCAGGUGCUGAGCCGCUCCAAGCUUAUGAGCGGCUCCGCAGCGUCCACACUGUCGUCUGCACGACCCAAUCGCAACGUCAGCUUCUUCGACGCGGCGCUACCAGGCACGCUGCCAGUCAUUAACCGUGAAUGCGUGCACCAAGCCAUCCGCAUGGGUCUCGCAGUGGACGCCACGGUGCAUCCGCGCAGUUUAUUCGAGCGUAAACACUAUUUCUACUGCGAUCUGCCACUGGGAUACCAGUUGACACAACAGCGGGCGCCAGUAGCGUCUGGAGGUGCGCUGCACUUCGAGUUGCCAGAAUCCGCCGUGGUAAGUGAACACGGAGGUGCACAUAGUGACGAGGCCACAUUCGAUGCGUCUAAGUACAAGUCUAGAAAAGAGAAAAACGAGGCACUGAAGAAGUGGAAAGCCAAACAAGCCAAGAAGCAGCAGGAUGUGAUCUCGAGGAGUGUACGUAUCACACGAAUUCAGAUUGAGCAGGACUCGGGUAAAAGCAACCAUGACUUGGAGGAUGACAGUACAGUAGUGGACCUGAACCGUGCUGGUACGGCGUUGUUGGAGAUUGUGAUGGAGCCGGACCUUCGCAGUCCCGUUGAAGCGGGCCAAGUCAUGCGUCAACUGCAGCAUCUACUGCGUCAUUUGGACGUGUGCGAUGGAAACAUGGAGGAAGGCUCUAUGCGUUGUGAUUUAAACGUAAGUGUGCGGCCGACGAACCUUGGAGCGGAGGCCGAUGUGGAGUCACUUCACAACGCCCUGACGGCCAGAACUGCUGCUCCUUUCGGAGAGAGAGUGGAGGUGAAGAACAUGAACAGUAUCCGCAACAUGAUGCGAGCAGCAGAAUACGAAGCCAGGAGACAAAUCGCGUUGAUUGAAGAGGAAGGCGGUGAGGUGCAUCGGGAGACGCGCUCGUUCGAUGCUGUCACUGGAGAAACCAAACGUAUGCGUUCAAAGGAGGGGGCCAAGGACUAUCGUUUCUUCCCCGAGCCAGACCUUCCUCCUCUUGUUUUCUCGGAGAAACUUAUCCAGGAGAUCAGUGAGAGGAUGCCCGAACUCCCUGAAGCACUGAAAGAGCGUCUAUGUGCACAGUACGAUCUCACGUCGUACGAAAGUUUGGUGCUGGUGAACGAGCCUGGAGCUGCGCCCUACUUCGAGACAGUUGCAGCUCAGAACUCUCGACCUUCCAAGGUGGUUGUGAACUGGGUGCUGAACGAUUUAUUCGGACACUUGAAGGCAGUCAACGGCGACAUUGCCAGCUCUCCCGUUACAGCUACGGAGCUUGGCGCAUUGAUUGAUCUCAUUCAGGACGGUACGAUCUCUGGUAAGAUCGCCAAAGACGUAUUAGAGCUCAUGUUCUACGAGAACGAGCCGAAGAAGACACCAUUGCAGAUUGUGGAGGAGAAGGGAUGGAAGCAGAUUCAAGACCCCGAAGAGAUCCGUGCACUCUGCCGAGCUGUGCUCGAUGACCCAAAAGCGAAGAAGAACCUGGACGCGUAUUGGAAAGGAAAGACUCAGCUCUUCGGCUUCUUUAUCGGUCAGGUGAUGAAGCAAUGUGGGGGUCGGGUGCAUCCAGAGCUUGCAAACAGCAUCAUGCAGGAGAUCCUGGAGGAGCACAAACAAUAG